AUGAAAGCUCCGAAACAAUCCUUUAUUAGUAAUGUUACAACAGAAGAUCGUUUGGAUCCAGAAAGAUUCUCUGAUUGGUUACGUCUUCUUAGAGUUACAGCAUGGGUCAAAAGGUUUACAGAUAACUGUAGGAAAACAAAUGAUAGAAACAAAAGCAGAGUAUUGACAUUGAAAGAAUUACAAGAAGUAGAAAACAUGUUUAUACAUAAAACACAAGUAAAACACUAUCCAGAAGAAUACUCGUGUAUAGUGAAAGGACAACCAAUGCCGAGAAGCAGUAAACUAAUUCCUUUGAAUGUGAAAAUUGAUGAGCAAGAUCUUAUGAGAUGUGAUACAAGACUAACACACGCAAGAUUUUUACCAUAUAAUGUGAGGUAUCCAAUCAUAUUACCUCGUAAAAGUCCAGUAACCAGACUUUUAGUAAAGAGCUUCCAUGAAGCAGGGAACCAUUACGGUACAAAUCAAACACUAGCAGCAAUGUCUUCAAGAUACUGGUUAAUAGGUGGUCGUGAAGAAAUAAGAGAUUGGGAGAAAAAAUGUAGCAAAUGCAAGAAACUUAAAGCAAAAGUAUUGAAACAGGUAAUGGCUCCAUUGCCACCGAUUAGAUUGAAGAAAUCAAUGAGAGCUUUCGCUAAUAGCUCUGUAGAUUUUGCCGGACCAUUUUUAACCAAACAAGGACGUGGAAAAGUAAGACAAAAGCGAUACUUGUGUUUAUUCACAUGUCUGUCUUCGAGGGCAGUGCAUUUGAAGAUAGCUUUUGGAUUAGAUACAGACUCAUUUUUAAAUGCUUUCUAUAGAAUGUCCAGUAGACGAGGCUUUCCAGAAGAAAUGUAUUCGGAUAAUGGAACGAACUUUGUAGGUGCUUAUAAUGAGUUGUUAGAGUUAUACGAGCAGAUGGACAAACAAAAAAUUACUGAAAAAGCAAAUAAUCACAGAAUUAAGUGGCACUUCAAUCCGCCUCUAGCGCCACACUUUGGUGGAGUUCAUGAAAGUAUGGUUAAAAGUGCAAAAAGAGCUAUCUAUGCAGUGCUAAACAGUGCUGAUAUCACUGAUGAAGAACUUCUUACAGCAAUUACUGGAGCUGAAGGACUAAUAAACAGUCGUCCAAUAUCAUAUCAAACGUCACAUCCAAAAGAUGACACUGUUUUGACCCCUAACCAUUUCAUUCACGGACAAAUAGGAGGACAGUUCACACCGGAAGCAGUUGAUAGCACAGUUUUCAAUGUAAAAAAACGUUGGCGAUAUGUGCAAGAGAUAGUCAAACAUUUUUGGCACAGAUGGUUGAGAGAAUUCAUUCCAACCCUUAGUAAUAGAAAGAAAUGGCACCAGGAAACACGUGACUUGAAAGUGAAUGAUGUAGUUCUGGUGAUUGAUGCUGAUAAAUCCCGUGGAGAAUGGUCACUUGGAAGAAUUGUCGCUUUACAUCCAGGUAACUGA